AUCUGGGAGGGGCGCGCAGAGGGGGUGACGCAAGGAGGGGCGCGGAGUCUCCGGACCUACGGGGUGACCCGGAAGGGCCCUUGCUAAGGAUUUUAAAAUGCCAGGCACGGAGUUGGCUGAGCAGAUGCGAUGACGCGAUGGUACUCUGUGGCACUUUGGGCCUUUGCAGACUUCUCCGAGAUUCCCCCUGCCUGGGAGCUUAGGACGGAAUCCCUAGGAGAUGGCAGAAGCCCUCGGGUGUGAUGGGAGACAAAACAUGUUUGGACUUGUAGGUCCUGAAAAUUGCCAUUGUAAAGAAAGAGAAACACAAACAUUCAGAGUGGCCCCUAUAAGUAAUCCCAGAUGAAUUUUGCAUUCUGUUAACAGGACCUGCAACACCAGACAAAUAAGAGAUGACCGCCUCUGAGUCCUCUCUUGCCAGGCAGGGACUGUCGGCCUUGGGAAUGCUCAGGAUGGGGAGGAUGAGCCUGAUGUGGGCAGAAUUCAAAUGAGCUGGACAGCGCCGUGAACAAGCUACAAGCAGCUCCCAGAGCCUUGAGAUGGCACCAAAAACCAAAAAGGGAUUGAAAGGCUCCAUUGAUGAUGUCCUUGGUGACCUCUUAGGGGAUGAGAUGACACUACCUGAGGAGCCUGUUAAACUAGCUUCACGUGCCCGAGAUGCCACAGGUGCCGCCCAGGCGCUCCCUUCUUCCCAGGCUCGAACGAAGUCCCUCCCGGAAGACUAUGGCUUCAGCACCACAGCAGGCAUCCCAGGACCUGAUGCUGAGGUGUCCGACGUCUCAGAUGCAGACCCACAGAUUUUGCUCCAGGCAAUGAAGGAUCUGGACGAUAUGGAUGCCGAUCUCUUAGGUCUGAAGAGGUCUAAUCUGGCCUCUAGCAAAAGAGCUGCCAAGGGUCCUGGGAAAGAAGAGCUGCCUAGUCAUCCCAAACCUGCCGGCAUAUUGACAGCCAGUGAGAAAGGGGACACCGUUCCUGCCAAGAAGCCCCCUCCCUCUCCCAGCAGCCUUGGACGUCAGUACAGGAAGUUUUCCUUUGAAGACUCGGAAGACCCAUUGGCGGGACUUCUCUCCGACGAUGAGGAAGGACUCACCAAGAAGCCCCCUGGGACCGAGAGUAAAAUGGCUUCCGAAAAAAGCCCAGCCCCAGUCAGAGAUCAAGGUGCCUCUAUUCCACUCACCCCUGGGGACACCCCGGUCCGAAAGAAAGAAGAAGUGCUAUUUGAUGAGGAGGACGACAUCAUGGCCACCCUGGGGUUUGCAGACAGCCCCACAGCGGAAAGGAGGCAGACGGGCGACCAGGAAGGCCCCCGUCCUGCUCGCUCCAGGCUGGAUGAGCUGCUGGGUCGGGGCACUGCCACCAAGCUCCUGGCCCGCCCGGGCACUGGGGAGCACAGGGAAUUCAAGCUGGACAAGAAGUACCAGAGACCCCAGGACAAGGAAGAUUCCUGGGGUGAUGAGGACUUCACCUUUGGGGCCUAUCAGCCCACCAUGGGCUCCUGUGAGGGCCGCCAGUCCCACCGGCAGUUGGUCAGUAGGUUCUUAACAGAAGGUAGCGCAGACACCAAGGGAGAACCAGGCUCCAAACAGAGCACCCCAGCGGCCUCCAGCCCCACUCACCCCAGGAAGGGAGGAGCUGACUGGUUGGGCCUCAAGGAUGACGACCUGCGCCCUCCCUCUCCCACCAGAGAGGCUCAGAGGGGAGGCUCAACGCUCUCCACUCCUUCCGUGCUCCCUCCCAGGAGCCAGCACUCUGACUCAGGCCGGCACUCUGCCCCAGCUGGACUGCCUUCCUCCUCUUUGGGGCCAAAGCCACCAACGAAGGGUGCAGGUUUCCCUGCCAAAGCCAGCCAGGCUUCCCAGCUGGGAGUGUCUCAGGAGAAAGAAGAAGAGGAUUGGCUGAGCCAUGCCUUGUCUCGGAAGAAGUCCCAAGGUCUGGCCAGAGAGGAGCACACAGAGGCCUCUAAGGGCCAGAACCUGGUGGGGGCAGCAGGCAGUCCCCCUUCCAGCAGCCAACCUGUUCCCAGCACUCAAGGGUUCAAGCAAGCAGCCACUGUGGCGACACAGAAGCCACUGACAAGACCUGCCACCUCGGGGUCCCCUGUGACUUGGAACCAGGCUGCCUUGACCCUCCCUACAGGUGACCCAAAGAGGGAAACAGCCCUCGGAGACCUCUCCAGCAUUGAGCCCGCAGCUUGUGUCCUGAGCUCCCAGGAGCCCCCAGGGCCUUCUGUGCCUGUCCAGUCCCUGCUCCUCGAGUCCCUGGCGCAGAGCCUGAUGCCGGGCACAGAAUACCAGAGGCAGCUCCUGGCCGCCCAGGUGCAGCUGCCGAGCGGCACGGCCGAGCUCCGGGCCAACCUUCUGCAGAGCCAGGCCCGGCUGGCAGAGCUGGAGGCCCAGGUGCGGAAGUUGGAGCUGGAGCGGACCCAGCACCGGCUCUUGCUCGAGAGCUUGCAGCAGCGGCACCAGGCCGACCUGGAGCUCAUCGAGAGUGCCCACAGAAGCCACGUCAAGGUGCUAGAAACAUCGUACCAGCAACGGGAGGGGCGACUGCGGAGGGAGCACGAGGAGCUGUCGGCCCGCUAUCUGUCGUGCUGCCGAGAAGCCGAGCAGGCCCGCGCCGAGCUCACAGCCCAGCACCAGCAGCGCUUGGCGGCUGCCAUGCAAGAGAAGGACCACGAGAUGGAGAGGCUCCGGGAGCUGCAGCGGGCCUCCAUCCUGGAGAUGCGCCAGGACCACGAGGAGCAGCUGCAGCGGCUAAAGCUGCUGAAGGACCGAGAGAUCGACGCGGUCACCAGUGCCACCUCCCACACGCGGUCCCUGAAUAGCAUCAUUGAGCAGAUGGAGAAGUUUUCCAGCAGCCUGCAUGAGCUGUCCUCCCGUGUGGAGGCCUCACACCUCACCACCGCCCAGGAGCGGGAGCUGGGGCUCCGGCAGCACGACCAGCAGCUCCGAGUGCUGCAGGAGAGGCUGCGCCAGCAGCAGCGGGACAUGGAAGAGGAGAGGAGCCGGCUCCAGGAGGUCAUCGGGAAGAUGGAGGCACGCCUGAAUGAGCAGAGCCGGCUGCUGGAGCAGGAGCGAUGGCGGGUGAAUGCCGAGCAGUCCAGGGCCGAGUCCACGCAGCGCUCUCUAGAAGAGCAGAGGAAGGUCAUGGUCCAGCAGAUCACCAUGGAACGGGAGGAGCUGGAGAAGGCCAAGAGCGCCUUGCUGGAGGAGCAGAAGUCCGUCAUGCGCAAGUGUGGGGAGGAGCAGCGGCGCCUCGCAGCCGAGUGGGCCGAGUUCUAUGCGCAGCAGAAGCUGAGUAAGGAGCGGACCGAGCGUGAGGCAGAGAGGGCACUGCAGGUGGACACCCAGCGGGAGGGCACCCUCAUCAGCCUGGCCAAGGAGCAAGCUGAGCUAAAGAUCAGGGCCAGUGAGCUCCGGGCCAAGGAGGAUCAGCUGGCGGCCGAGCGGGAGGCCCUGGAGCGGGAGCGGCAGGAGCUGCGGCUGGAGAAGGAGAGGGUCAGCGCCGCUGCCCUGCGCACCAGGCUCCGUGCCGAGGAGGUGGAGAGCAUGAGCCAGGUAGCCUCGGAGAAGUUGGAGGAGGGGCAGCGGGCGCUGCGCGAGGCCCGGCAGGUGCAGCAGGAGCAGCAGGCGCGGCUGCAGCUGGUACAGCAACAGCAGGAGCGGCUGCGGCAGCAGGAGUGGCACGUGCACCAGGCAAGGCUCCUCCCGGCUCCGGCCGCCCCUGCGACCCCCUCCAAUCUCCCAGCCUCGCAGCCACGUCCUUCUCUCUGGGGUCGGGGACAGGAGCACCUGAGUCUGGCCCAGCAGAGGCUGCGGCUGGACCACAUCCGACAGGACCUGCCCUCCAGCCCCGUGGCGCUGCUCCCCAGGACCCAGGGCCCGGCAGCCUCCUGCCUGGGUGCCGCUGUGGCUCCUGCCGCCACCGCGCCCCAGUGCAGCCAGCCCCCCGCCGGCCUGGGCCCCUCACACCUCCACGCCAAACUGGUGCUGCUGAAGCACACAGCUGAGCAGGACCGUGACUUCUUGGAGAAUGAACAGGUCUUCCUGGAGACCCUGAAGAAAGCCUCCUACAAUAUGACAUCCCAUUCAGCCUGACGGGCGCCACCGGCUCCUCUGUGGAGGCCUCCAACGCUGGAAGUCUCUCCCAUCGCCCUCCUGGCUGCCGGCUCUGAGGAGGGAGUACCCAGGGCCCGAUUAUAGCUCCUCCUGGGGACAGGGUGCGGGCACAUUCUCUCUGCACACUCCAGCCUCUAGGGCUUGAAGAGUAGUGGCCUCUGGGGAGAUGUGAUGCCGAGGGUGCCUCAGCCCCACGACCCUGCCAGCCACAGCUUCGGUUCUCCUCCCCCAGACUUCCAGCUCAGAUCCAAGGGCUCACUGGGCUGUGUGAACCCCUCCCUUCCUCAGCAGGCAGGUGGUUGGGGGAUAUUUUCACCUGGGCCUCUUCUGAGGCGGGGGAGUCUUCUAGAGAGAUGCCACGGACAGUCUCCUGCCGUCUCUGGGAGGCCUGCAGAGCCAGCGCGGGCUCUCCUCCCUAAACUGGGGCACAGAGUCAGAGCACAUGUUUUGAAGCACCUUCUAUCCUCUUGGCCAAGGAGGCGGGCGCUGUUGUGGAGCACAGAGGGGGCAGGGAGGGCGCCAUGCCCAGCCAUGUUUUACCUCGCAGUCUUUUGCUGUCAGGUUGGCUGGCAGAAAGUCCCUGCCUCAUUCCCAGCUGCCUGAAUCACUGAUUCUGGGGCUUCCCAGAGGCGGAGCUGGGCCUGACAGUGGGGUGUGGUGAGGGACCAGUAGAGAGGCCUCUCUGUCCUGUGCACCUGCUAUGAAGCCACAGCAGGCGGGAGCGAAGACCAGGGAGUGAAGGCCCCUGCCGCAGCCGGGAGGGCUGAGUGCACUGGGGACCCCCACAGGGCCUUACCCAGGCUGCCGCCCCUGGGAGGGCGCCUUUGCACUUCUCCCUGCAGAGGCGCCAGGAGAGGGGCAGCAGCUUGGCAGCUGUCCCAGCAAACCCGAGGACAGAUGGACUCCACUAACACAACCACGGCCACUCCUGAAGCGGCUUCCCUCAGCCUGCGGCUGGUUACCUUCCACCGGAGGACAGAGGGCAGAGGAGGACAGGCUGAGGGGGUACCUGGACAGCUUUCAGAGGGAUCUUCAUUUACCAGCUAUUUCCGGCCUUUAUCUUGGACCCAUUAAAUCGCUAUAUUCUUAACGACA